AUGAGAGUAGUAAACAAUUUCUUUUACUUGAGUGUUUUGUUGAAUGCUGCACAGGCAACGCCUGCUGAUGCUGCAGCCGCAGCCGCAGCCGCUACUGCUGCCACUUUGGCAACUAAUCUCACCUCCAACCUUGCUUUAGACUCGAGUGCAUCCACCGAAAAGCUUGACUCAUUGGUAUUAGCAUUGCAGGAUUUUAAUGCGCAUCAUCAUGUCCCCAGUUAUGUACAAGGAAACAAGUUUGGAUCUAAUUUUGCUCAUUUGACUAGAAGAUCUGAUUUCCCGAUAUUGGAUACGAUUUUGACUUAUUUAAAUGACUCUGGCUUGGCUAUUAUGGUGAUUGACUUUGUUCUUUUAAGGCCAGAAUUUUUGGAAAUUGCAAUAAAUACAACAAUUUGGAUUAUAAGAUUGAGGUUGAUUAGUUUGACUGAUUUAUUGAAUGCCUUGGAAACUUCAGGCUUGGCUUUGGAUACAUUGGCCUUGGGAUUGGAAGAUCCCGAUAUUUUACCGGGCUUGAUCAAUAUUACCAGGGAAGUCAUAAGUCAAAGUGAUUUGAACUUUAAUUUGUUUAACAAACGAGAAGAUUAUCAACUGAGCUUUGCUGAAAGCAGUAUUGAAUCCAAGAAUGGUGCUCCUGCUUUUGCACCUGCUUCUGCACCUGCUGCUUCUGCACCUGCUGCUUCUGCACCUGCUUCUGCUAUUUCCCUUAGCAAAAGGGAAAGUGUCCUUUUGGAUCAAUUGUUUAUCUCCCUAAGAGAAUCUGGAUUGGCUAUUGCCGUGAUUACUCAUUUGUUGACUUCUCCCGAAUUGGUUGAAGCAAAUGCUCAUUUUUUGGUUUCUAUUUUGCAGUCUCACGCUUUCAACUUGAUGGAUCUUAUUUCAUCUCUUAAACAGGCUAAUUUCAUAUGGGAUUUGAUUAAACAAUUAUUGGGUAAUCCUCAAAUUCUCCGCGAAUUUGGCGGUAUCAUUAAAGAUAGAGUUGUAAGAGGUUUGAUACCGAAAAAAUUACUUGGUGAUAAGUAA